UUGCGGCUAGAGUCACGCAAACUCAGGCAUCAUCCAUGAGUGUAACCGGCUGAUCAGAACAUACUUGAUAUCAUAAUAGUAACAUUAUAAAAAUAAUAAGAGCAACAAAUAUUGAUGAGGAUUUCAUAACACAGCAAGUAUGUGUCAUCGGCUUGAUGAUGUCAUGAAGCUGUGUUGUGAGUUAUCUACCAAUCAGCAGAUCCAGACCACAGUAAAAGGCUCAGGGAAGGGAGCAGCAGCCGCUGGAGGACUGGCCUUCGCUGGAGGGUUAGUCGGGGGUCCUCUUGGUAUUGCAGUGGGCGGUGCUGUCGGAGGCCUUCUGGGCUGCUGGCUGACCAGUGGACAGUUCAAGCCGCUGCCUCAGAUCAUCAUGGAGCUCAGUCCUCAGCAGCAGCAGCAGCUUUACGAUGGUCUCAUGGGCGUCCUGGGAGACAUUCAGUGGACAGACGUGGCUCAACUGACUGCUCUAGUGAUGGGCAACGCCGCCCUGAAGCAGCAGUUCACAGCCGCCCUCCUCGGCUACAUCUCCAAGGAGCUCCAGGCAGAUGUGCACUACGUGGAUUAGUGUCUGUGGAAAAACUGGGAUACCCUGACUCUGAGGCUGCACAUGCUCAAGAGGAGCAGCAGGAAUCUUUGGAAAGAAUGUGAACUGUUUUUUAAUGAAGCUGGAGACUCUUUAUCAAAUGUGAAAUCAUAUUGUAAAGUUGCACAGGUACCACAGUCGUGGUAACAGGUUACACUGGGUAAUAUGAGGUUAACAAACUAUUGUCAAAACAGCUGUAUAACUGGAUUAAUUUAUUAUAGGAAGUAGGGCUGGGCGAUAUGGAGAAAAUCAAAUAUCGUGAUAUCUUUGACCAAAUACCUGGACAACAAUAUUGCGACAAUAUUGUAGGGUUGACCAUUGGUGCUUUACAAAAUAUUUACACAAUGAGAUUAUUGAUAAAUAACUAUCAGUAAUGUGGAUAUAAUGACUAAGCAGGUAAAGGCAAAUAACAGAACAGCAAGACCAGUCUGGUAAAUUCAGAAAAUCCCAUCACUUUAAUGUAAUGCAGCCUUUAAAGCCAGGAAAAGACAACACUUUUGCCAUAUUACAAUAUCUUAAACUUAAGACAAUAUCCAUUCUCAUGUCAUGAUAUCGAGAUAAUAUUGAUAUAUUGCCCAGCCCUAAUGGGAAGUACACUCAUCAUUUGAAGGAAUUAUUUAUUCAUUAAACCUUUAAUGGCACUGAUAAUCACUGAUUCCAAUAUUGAAAUACAAAGGAUUAUUAUAGAGGACUACUGAAUGAGUGCCAACUGGACAGUGUGAAAUAUUUUUGAUUUGAUGAUAAUUUAUUAAGUUUAAGACUAUGAAUUUACCAUCAUCUGUGCACAGUAUAUUGUAUUUAAAUGAUUUCAUCAAUAAAAACAAAAAGGUUUGUGUA